CUUCGCUCUGCCACUCCGCUAUGUCUGACCCUCGCUUUGCCCGUCUAAAGACCGACCCGCGCUUCAGGCGCAUCAAGAAGGACAAGAACAAGGUCGUCGUCGACGACCGGUUCAAGGAUAUCUUCAAGGAAAAGGGCAAGAAAAAGGGCAAACAGAGGACAGCGCGCGUCGACAAGUACGGGCGGCCUCUCGCAGAUGAUCACGAACAAGAUAAUCUGCGCAGGUUUUACCGUCUCGAGGACGAGGAUGAGGCGCAGCUCGAGGUCACCGCGGGCCCGGACUACGCUCGCGGAGGUGUCCUCCUGGAGUCUUCCGACGAAGAAGACGAUCGUCCCGGCGCUCCGGAGAGCGACGACGAAAGCGAAGCUGGUGGCAUAGUCACGCUAGGGCGCGAUGUUACACAGCCCAUUCCUGUGCUUGAUGAUACCGCAGAGGUAGAUCUUGACGAGGACAACUUCGCGGACCUGGAAGCACAAGCGGCGGAGUACGCCAAGGCACACCCCGAGGACGAUCAGGAGGACUCCCAAGCCUCGCGCACACGCCGACUGGCUGUAGUCAAUCUCGACUGGGACCAUGUGCGCGCCAUUCACCUGUACAAGAUUUUCUCGUCGCUUGUGUCCCCCACCGGUGCCGCGGUCGCGUCCGGCUCUAAGGGCAAGAGAGACACAAGCUCAUCCUCUUCCGCCGUACGAGGCAAGGUAUUGAGCGUCCGGGUGUACCCCAGCCAAUUUGGCAAGGAGCGGAUGGCUCGGGAAGAGACUGAAGGACCGCCUCCGGAGGUUUUCAAAAGGCGAGAACUCGAGCCUGAAGAAAUUAACGAGCGCACCAUUUACGAAACUGGGGACGGCGAGGACUACGACGAGGAAGCACUGCGCAACUACCAGCUCGAGCGAUUACGAUACUACUACGCCGUCGCAGAAUGUGACACAGUUGAAGCGGCUUCGCACAUCUAUAACGAGCUGGAGGGAACCGAGCUUGAACGCUCCGCAAACGUGUUCGACCUCAGCUUCGUACCGGACGGCAUGACCUUUGACGACGACUGCCGGGACGAAGCGACAGCCGACCUCAGCGCCCCGUACAAGCCCAUUGAAUUCGUUACAGACGCCCUGCGGCAUUCCAAGGUCAAACUGACCUGGGACGAGGACGAGCCCGAGCGCGCGCAGAUCACACGGCGCAUGCUCAGCAAGAAGGAGAUCGAGGAGAACGAUUUCCGUGCGUACAUCGCCUCGUCGUCCGACUCCGAGCCGGACGACGCGCCCGCCGCGUCCAAGGGCAAGGGCAAGAAGGCGAAAGCCGCGGAGCGCGACCGGCUGCGCGCGCUGCUCCUCGGGGGCGGAGACGACGACCUGCCGGAGGGCUGGGGCGGCGACAAGGGCUUUGGGGACGGCGAGGACGACGUGGACAUGGAGAUCACGUUCACCCCCGGGCUAAGCGCGGCAAAGGACGGAGACGGGGACGAGACCACGCUGGAGAAGUACCAGCGCAAGAUUAAGGAGAAGAAGAAGCACCGGAAGGAGGAGAUGCUUGAGAAGCGGAAAGACGGCAAGGAGGAGAAGACAGGGAAAAAGAAGGGCCUCGAGGACGACUUUUUCGGCGGGGACAGCGACGAUGAGAGCGAGGCGGAGAAGGCGCCGCGUGAGAAGGGCAAGAAGGGCAAGGAUAAGAAGGGCAAGCGAAAGGGCGGAGAGGUCCCCGAGGACGAGGACAGGCCGGCUCGCGUCGAGUCGACGGCGGAGGAACUCGCCCUCGUGGCUGCGUCCGAGAACCCGGAUGCAGAGGUCAAGCACUUCGACAUGAAGGCUGUGCUGCGUGCGGAGAAACGGGGCGGCAAGAAGAAGAGGGGCAAGAAGGGGAAGAAGGGUGCGGACGACGGCGAGGCCGAGCUGCAGGAGAACUUCUCGAUCGACGUCAAGGACGACCGGUUCAAGGCUGUCCUGGAGGACCACACCUACGCCAUCGACCCGAGCAAUCCUCACUUCAAGAAGACGAAGAGCAUGGCUGCACUCCUGGACGAGCGUUCCCGCAGACAACAUAAAGCGUCCCACGAUCGCGAUUCAGCCACGUCAAACCGCGGGGACGCCAGCGGUCAGCAGCCCAGUCUGCAGAGCUUGGUUGAGAGCGUCAAGCGGAAGACAGCGGCGAUGGACGCGCCGGGCGUGGGCAAGAGGCGGAAGUUGACAUAGCCUAUCCGACAUCUUAUCGUACAAAAGUACCUGUACACUGCUCCUAAUCCCAUACCGCCCCGGAAUAACUACUCCUUGAGUCGCCAGAUGAAGAGGGUGCCUUCUCCGAGACCCACAAUGACACGACCCUCGAACCCUACCUCGCACGACGUGAUCUCCUCGACCUCAGCAGGCCCGCCCAUCUGCGAGACAGCCUGGAUAUCCCACCCUUCGACAGCGUCAAACAAGAACGCAAGCGGAGCUGGUGGCGGAUACAUAGCUGUCGGAAGUUUCCCGAAGGGCGCGUCCUUGCCCUUCUUCUCGCCAUCGUUUUCGUCUUCGUCGUCUCCUUCGCCGUCGGCUUCGUCUGGUGCGGCGCUGCUCUCAGUUGUGCUGGUGCGUGCUUGCUGCCGACCGGGAUCGUCCUGCUGCUCCUGCCCCUCUUCCAAGCGCAUCUGGUCGGUAAGGUACACCAAGUCGUCGGCAGGAAAUUGAGGGGGCGUCCGCGGUUUGAACUGCGCGAUGUUGAAUGCGCGAAUGAACUUCCCGAAAGGUAUCAGGAGAACGGGGUCGUGGGUCAUAGAGCGGUAUACGUGACACUGCUUGGUGACCGUAGGAAGAUGAUAUGCUGAAAGCACCUUGAACGAUUCGCUGUUACGAUAGUCGCUAGCUGUCCCUCUCAUGAUCUUCUGCGGAACCUUGCCUGGUGGGAAGAAGCGAUUAUACCCAAGCCACUGCGAGACCA